AUGUUACCUGAAAACAACAUACCCGAAGAAAUAAUAGGCAUUGUUUGUUACUCAGAGGACAUGGACCUUUUAGAGAUUGAGCGAGAUAAUUAUGUUCUGGAAGAGCAAGACCUUUUUGAAGUAGGAGGUAUAAGAGAUAUUGAAGAAAAUGAAGUUAAUGAAGUUAAUACUAAUGUAAAAAAUCAAGAAAAUGAUAUACCAUUGCAAUCUCUUGGCGUUGUUAAUCUGAACAAAGAUACAUUUAUCCAAAACAAGCAGGAAAUCCAAUCUUCAAAAGUCAAAAACUUUGCUGUUGCAAAUACUGAAGAGAGUCAAAAGAAACUCAUAUCAAACCCAGUUAUAAAAUCUCUAAAGCGGCAUCUGUCAACCAUCAGAGCAAAAGUGGUAGGAACAGAUGAGUUGAGAAUAAAAUUAUGGGCACAUGUCUGGGGAUUCACUAUCAUGAAAAGUCCUCCCACACUUUGGUUAACGUUGAAUCCUUUGGAUACGUAUAAUCCAAUUGCUCAAGUACUUGCAGGCAUGGAAGUAAAUUUGGAUGAUUUCAUUGCCAGUAUAGGACCUAAUCCCACUACAAGAUCCCAGUUAAUAGCAAAUGAUCCAUAUGAAGCUGCCCAGUUUUUCCAUUGA